AUGGAGCGUCAUGAGCAACCUCGGCUCCUGCAAAGGCGAGUCGCAACGGCACCAACGAUCCUGCCGCCCCCUACAAAGACACAACACUCUGGAGAGAAGGUCAAAGAAGAGAUUGGUUCUUUAUACAGCCACGCAAAUGCGAAGGUGAUAUCUCUGGUAGCGCUCAGCGACCAGACGUACAGCUUGGACAGCAGCAAACGAGAUACAGUCGGCCCAUGGCAGUCCCAUUUCGAAAGAACGAUUGCAUUUGGUUCUCUGAGACUUUAUCGAGCUCCAGGCUCGGUGGCCUUCUUAAGCUGUGGAAGUGCCUUGCAGCCAAUGUUGCCCAAAAGCCAGUGCUGGUGCAUGGAAGACGAUGGUAGCAAGUUCAUUCUACAGAUACGUCCCCCAAGCUACUGGCGAAUAGAAAUAGCAUCUCCAGAUUCGCCGUGUCAUAGCCUUCGCGACUGUCUCGCGUCUAUCCUGCUGCUGGACAAGACCCCUUGUCCCUUCAAGGAGUCAGUGCCAAUAUUACUUCCUCCAAGACCUCUGUCUAGACCACUCUUCGUUCAAAAACGGCGACCGUGGAAAUCACUACGCAGCUAUUCAUCAGAGCUAACCUUAGCUAAAUCGAGCACCGUGUGCGACGACAACCAACCUCUCGAGAAGGGUUCGAUCAAAGAGGUGAUUACAAAACAUAAAAUAGAACCCCCCAACAAAGUUAUACAAAAAGAGGAUAGGUCUCACGAAAUGGAAUCGUCCAAGGUCACAAAAGGGUCUGAAACUCCCAGAGGUACCAUUAAAGUCAUCAAAGUGGACUUCAGCAUUCUGUUGGAAGAUCAUCCCAAAGCGAUUGACGAACCGAAGCCGCCGACACUCUGCACGCAAUACGCAUUGGGCUUAGAGGAGGGUCCGGACUCGGACUCGUCGAAAAACACAGCAUGCUCUCUUUUCGCGGGCGUCGGACAGACGAGCAUCACACUUGAGCGGGAUUCAAUGGCGAUCACCAAAGCGAAUCAAGCAAUCAAACCCGUGCGACCGAAUAAGAAGCCAACAGAUAACAAUGAGUGUCUUGGCACGAAUAGAGGGAGAAGGCAUCGACACACCGUCGCGUCAAGUUGGCGUGAUGUUGACAUGACAGCUUUGGUUAAGAAAACAAGUGGUGACGGCGGGAUGCUUUCAAUAGGGCUGAAUCGCCCCAAGGUAGCAACCACCGCUCACGAAACCCAAUCGAAGGAGUGUUCUGAGGCGAUGAUGAUAUUGGAGACUGCAUUGGCUCAAGGAACUUCGCAAUUGGAAAGUUACCAACCGCACUCAAAGCUUGCACCACAGCUACGACUAUGUCGGAAAGAGCCAAUGGACGCGGACAAUACCCCCACGACAGAAGCUGGGGGGUGUGCCAGAGAAUCUUCUUCGGCCGAUGCGUAUUCGAGUGCUUACUCGUUACCUUAUGUUUUGCUGCUCAAAGUAAUAUCUACAAUCUUCCAGGCGAUAUUCGGCAUCGUGGUAUUGGGAUGUCGGACGGCCAUUAUCAUUGUCGUUCGGUGGUGGAUGCCGGUCGAGGAGAUCGAGUCGAAAACUGGUGUGCCAGCUUUCCAGCAAUGGAUUUACGAAGCAUCUGGAGUAACUCGUACACACAUUUAUGAUGCUUGUAUGUACACGUGUAUUAUGUGCCCUAAAAACGCGGUCAAUUACGUAGAUAGUGCUAUAUUGCUAGGUAGACAGGUACUAGUAGUAAAAUAA